UGCUUCCCCUGUUGCCAACAUGCCUGGAUAGCUAGGAUUUCAAAUAAGCGAGGGUAAACAGUGAUUUUUAUACAACUGCGCGACAUUUUACUUGCUACAAUUACAAGCAUAGCUAGUUUUGGGUAACAAUCUUAUUUUCUGAAGUUUGAGAAUAGUGAAAAGUUCGCUUUGGUAUCUUAAUGAACAAGUCCUAAUGUUAGCUAACGUUACUUACUGAUAGCAAACACACCAAACAAAACCCACUAACUAGCAAGCUAGGUGUUGUUGUUUUAGCUAAAUACAGCUAGCGAAAUUUGACUUUGCUGCAGACUCGAAAUAUCCUCUCAAUGAACGACGACUGGAAAGGACUGUUUGAGAGAGGACGGGUGAUUCCUCCACACAGCCAGACUGUUCGACUGGCACAGGACUCAUCCCACACCCAUUCUCAAGGCUUCCAAAUCAUCCUGAAGCAUCUUGAUGGACCUCACAUUCAACAGGAGAAGAAGGAAGGGGAGUCAGAAGGGAAUCGAAAGAGGGAACCAGUCAAGUACCAGCUGAGUGUUUCCCUGUUUGAUACCAGCCACCAGCACUUCUUCGGGAGAACGUUGAAGAGCUCACCCCAACAGAUGAGUGGUGUCCACAGGGCAAUGUUUAAUGAGGUGGUGUACCUCCACACCUCUCUGCGUCUGCCAAGCGUGGUGGCCGUGGUGGAGCUGGUGGCGUUACAGCCCAGGGCAGACGGCUCCCAGCAUGCACUGGGGUGUGGCUUCGCCAUCCUGCACCUCUUUUCCAGCAUGACAGAACCUCAGGCCACCGAGGGGGACAGAAGGCUUAGUAUGUACCACGGAACACCAAGGACCCUACUCCAUCCACUAGUGAGGGACCCUAUAGAGCAGAACAAGCUGUUGAGGCCCAUCGAUGGUGCUCAUUUGGUGUGCAGCUUGAAGCCUCACCCUGCUCUAGCCCCUGCCAUGCACCUCUUCCCCCAGAACAUGCUGGUGUCUGGAGAUGAGAACAUCCCUGGGGUUACGCCCUCACCUACAGGAGAUUCCCUGUUGAAGCCCCACAUGGUGAAGAGCCUCACCUGCUUCCUGGACAGGCUGUCCAUCUCUCUGCAUCCCUCCCUGGAGAAGUUUGAGAGCCAGCUGCUGCAGCAUGUCAGCACGGACUGCCACAACACGAAACACUCGGGUCCGGAGAGCUCACCGGUGGUGGUCAUCCAGGAGCGGAGGCUCCACGUGGGGGUCCACAACGGCUGGGGCUUCUUGGAGCGCCCCCAGGUGGUGGUGCUGGAGACAACCGAGGCCACCGAUUGGAGCAGGGGACGUACCAAAGGGGGCACGUCCCGACAGGGCACACUGACCAGAGACUGCAGCUCCAGUCCUAGUCAGAGCCUGGCUCUACGUAGCAGUCUGGAGCUCAAGCUGCCCAGUCACCAGGCUGUGGGGAUCGCCCUCCAGCUUGAGUAUGUCUUCUCCUCGUCGCUCAUUGGUGACGGAAAGCUCUCCUCGACCUCCACAAUCUCCCGGACAGCCUUCAUGCAGUGCCUGCGCUGGGGGGUGUGGUGCCCCUUCCAGGAGUGGGGUGCCCUGAGGGCCGAAGAAGUGAAGCUUAGUCUGCAGGGCGGCUCUACGCCCAACCCCUAUGGAAUCAUGGCCUAUACCUCUUCCUCCAACAGCCAAAGUCCUGCCCAGGUGGUCGAUGAGAGGGACAUGGUCAGGUUCCGUCUGUCUUCCAGCUCAGUGCAGAAGGCCUCGUCCAGCACAGCCGUGUCUCUGAGGAGGAGCAGGGCAGGACAGCAGAGGAAACCUCCCUCACCCUCACCAGGUCAAAGUCGGCGUGCCUCUCAAGCAUCUCCUCCGGGAUCGCCACAAGGCCCAGGGCUCUCUAUGUCUCAGCUGGCAGCUACUUCACGCUACCCGACCAUGAGCCACUCCACUGCCGUGUCGCCAUGGCAACAGCCGUUUUCCUCUCAGCUCUAUCCUUCCCCAUUGGCAUCGGCCCACCAGCUGUCACAUGUCGAGCUCCCAGCUGCCAGCAACAUCACCCACCUUGAGGUGGACCUAAACGUGUCCCCUAGGGACCGCCUCCCUGCAUACCAAUCUGCCGCGCUGGCCAACGAGGGCCACCUGGAGCUCCAAGAGCUGCCGUUCACCCCCAUCCAUGCCCCCAUCAUCACCAUGGGAACACAUGCUGCGCCCAGCUCUUCCUUUGUGAGUUCCAGGAGCUCCCUGGCCCACCUCUACUCAGCCGGCUUCCCCAACAUCACAGACCCCAGUGGGCUGGUGGCUGAAGUGCAGGACCCGACAGAACCAGUCAACUUUGACCCCCAGAGAGAGGAGGCGGAUCCCCUGCAGGGCAAUGUGCUCCUGCUGCAGUUUCUGGCAUUUUCCAGGAUACCACAGCAAGGGGGGAGCAGCAACUGGCCAGACUCUGUUCAUUUCACCUUCCAGCUCUACCGCUUCCCACCAGUGACCACACAGCGCCUGAAACUACUGGGCAUCGACAAGCUGCCGAAGAAAUCCAGCGAGACGCCACCCUGUGUCCUGGCCGUCAUUAACAAGGAUGGAACAGUCAACUCUGGCUCCCCGGGGCUCCAGCUGCAGUUCCGUGUGGACGGGGCAUUCUUGCAGCCGGGUGAGAGACGCUGGUUCCUGCGCUACCUGGCCCUGCACACUCUGCAGGUGGAUGUGUGGGACAGCCAAUCCCUCCUGCUUAUCGGCUCCACAGCCCUGGGGCUCAAGCAUAUGUUGCGGCAGGGCCGUCCAGCUGUACAGGCCACUCAUGAGCUGGAGGUCAUCACCACAGAGUACAUGGGUGAAGGUGUGCCGGUGAGCCUGCACCGGGCCCCCAACCCGAUCAGUGUCUUCACCACCAUCAAAGGUCGGCUCCAUCUGCGCCUGGGCAACGUGGGAUGUCCUGUAGACCAGAACAAACCCAACAAGCCCCAGUGUCUUCCUCCGUCACGCUCCCACAUCAUCUCACCGCCGGAUGCCACAAGUGGCUUCACCGGGGGCAGCUUGUCCUCCAAGAGCAUCCAACGACUCAGCGUGCGUAACGCAGCGCGGGCCCAGAGGCUGGUGGAGCUGGACGGGGACCUGGUGCCGUUGCUCCAGAGCCAUAUGAAGGAGGGCGGUGGGACGCCCUGCACUAACACCCCCUGGUGGGGCGAGACCGACGACGUACGCCAGCGCAAACUCAAUCGCAUGGUGGCCGUGCGGCAGCACGAGGGGGGACAAGAUGGCACUGGCAGCGAGGUCAAGACGAAGGUCACGGGCCGCCGAGCAGAGCGUGCCCAGUUGGCGCGGGACCUGCGCCUGAUGCAUGCCUACAGGGAACGCAGUAAGGCAGAAGGGAUCACCCACAUCCUGAGCCAGGCCAUCACCAUACACCACACCCUCUACGCCACGUUGGGCACCGCCGAGUACCUGGAGUACGUCCUCCGCAACCCCUUCAACACCCCACAGACUGUCACCAUCUAUAGCGAAGACCCCGAGCUCAGUGUCAUAACGGACUGUGACGAGUGGAGGUAUUUCAAGACACUGACCAAAACCUUAACCCCCCUGGAGGAGGGCAUGUUCCACCUCAAAGAGGGCACGCUUGCCCCCCAGGUGUACCUGCGGCCCAAGGAGAGUGUGCACGUCCCCCUCAAAUACCAGACCUUCGUCUCAGACAACUCUGUGGUUCCCCAGGGGCCGAGUCUCAUACCCAGUGGCAGAAGUACUCAGGUGGCCAAGAAACAUCUGUCCAAUACUGUGCUGGCCAAGUCAAUCAAGGUGACAUUCAGGGCAGAGGAUGGUAAGCCGCUGGCCAUCUGCCAGGUGAGCGUGGAGCCCACGCCUCACGUCAUUGACCAGACAUUCCGCUUCUACCAGCCAGAGUUGUCCUUUCUGAAGAAGGCCCUGCGCCUUCCCUCCUGGGAGAGAACGCCAGUUGGAGACACAGAUGCUGGGUCUCAGAUCUCAGUGCGCUGCAGUGACCCCAACGUCAUCUGUGAAACAAAGAUGUUGGCACAAGGGGAGCCUCAAGAUGUGUAUUUAAAAGUGCCGGGCAGUCCGAGCCCGCAAAUCCGAAAGUUCUUCGUCACAGUGUUCACUGAUAAGUGGCUGGCGGUGCCCGCCCAAGUCUGGCAAGUAUAUGUGCACUUCCUGCAACGGGUGGAUAUCAGCUGUGUGACUGGCCAGCGGACCUGUCAAUCACUGCUGAUACGGGGCACCCAAGCCACCCGGAAGGUCCGGUGUUACACCUCGCACCCACAGGAGCUCAAGGUGGACCCAGCGGAGGUGUUUGUCCUCCUCCCGGGUGUGGUACAGGACCUGCAGCUGUGUGUGUGUCCGUUGCGGGCGGGCAGCCGCUUCUGCUACCUCACCGUGGUGGACGUGGAGCAAGACACGCUGGUGGCCUGCUGGCUCCUCAGCCUCACCUGUCGCCUGCCCAUCGUCUCCAAGGCUUUUGAAAUGUGUGCCCCUGUGGGAGGGGGUCGGGGGAGCACACGGAAGAUCACUUACACCAACCCCUACCCCACCAGCCGUGUCCUCCUGCUACGGUCAGACCACCCUGACCUGCUCCAGUUUAAAGAGGACAGUUUUGAGAUUGGGGGAGGGGAGACCUACCGCAUCGGGCUGCGGUUCGCUCCCAGCCAAAGUCCUGGUGCUCAGGAGAUCCUCAUCUACAUCAACAACCAGGAGGAGACCACGGAGGAGACCUUCUGUGUGAAAGUGAAAUACACCUGAACACACGGCAACUCAACGCAGUACUGUACACAUCAACUACUACCGUACAGAACAAUGCUGUUUGCUAAGAAAGACAGCUCAACAAUGUUCUCAUCAACUACUGUAUAGAACUCAACACUUUGCUACUUAUGAAAGACGGCUCAAUUCAGUACUCAUCAACUUCUGUAUAUAUAUAUAUUGUUACACGAUGGCUUGAUGCAUAUGAAUGACUGUAGAAUAUUUAGUAUAGAUGAGUUACUUUAUAACUGAAAGGUCCGGGACAUAUGACUGUAGAAUAUUUAGUAUAGAUGAGUUACUUUAUAACUGAAAGGUCCGGGACAUAUGACUGUAGAAUAUUUAGUAUAGAUGAGUUACUUUAUAACUGAAAGGUCUGGGACAUAUGACUGUAGAAUAUUUAGUAUAGAUGAGUUACUUUAUAACUGAAAGGUCCGGGACAUAUGACUGUAGGCUCAUUUGAAAUAUUAUUGCAUUUAAACAACUGUAUAAUUCAAACAUGCAGUCUAGAUUAAGUACUCUAACUGAAAGGCUUACUACACAUUACUAUAUUUUUGAUAGACAAUCUUUUCCUUGUAUAUGUUAAAGUUGAAGUGAUGCUUCAGUGCGACUGUGUUGAUUGAGUUAAGUAAGAUAUUUAUGUCUAGGAAUACAUGUAUGAGGAAAAACAACUUUAUAAUGCACAGUGUGAUGUGAUGGAAAGCCAUGCUGUUUUGUUUGCUUAGCAUUCCACCUAAAUAGGUCAUGUUUCAAGAAUCAAACGCAAAUGCAGUAUAGGAUGCCAAAAGAAAAGCUCCUAAAGAGAGAGCCUGUUAUCUCUUGCAGCAGCCAGAGGUAAACACACACCCAAUAGUUCACGAAUCAUCGAACCCACAACCCUGGCGUUGCAAGUGCCAUGCUCUACAGUUGUUAUUUACGACCCCACCCCCCUUUUUUCCCGACAAGGCUUGCGUUUCUCCAGAUAGCUCUUAUUAGCAAGGGCAGCACCCCUCUUCUUCCUCUCUCUCUUUCGCUGUCUCUCUCCUUUUCCACAUGCCUCCCUUUCCCUAUCAGAGCCCAGGUCCUGCACAUUCUGUCAACAACCCCCGUCUUAUAUAAGCAUACCGCCUCGUUACACAACCUCGCUCUCUCUUCCUCAUUAGAAUGCAGGCUGCCAAAAGCCAGUACUGCUUGUACUCAGAAGAGGAGGAGAAAGGAGAAAAAAGCGAUUAAAUUGAAGAUACAAAAUGGGAAGUUAACAUUGCUUCAAAUAUUUACAGGGCUGGAGGGCUGUCCAUUUCUUAUUCUCCUUUUAUAAAAAUUUAAAAAAUGUAAUAGCUAUUCUAAGACUUCUCACAUAGACAGUGUAAUUAAUAUAAUAUCCAGCCUCCUUCCUUAGGCUUAGGACCAUCUACCACCACUAUCCUUUAGUUCAUUUUCACAUUUUCCACCCUCUAAGGCUUUAACUGGCACCCUAUUCCCUAUAUAGUGUAAUCUUAAUAUACUACUUGGUACAUGAUAUUGGGAAUGGAGUGCUAAUUCGGAAAGAGACAUAUUUUUUUUAUGAAAUCAUGAAUAUCAAUAUCACUUUGUUUUUCCCCCAUGAGGGCACUGCUAUACUGAACCUCAUUAGCUUCUGGUCCAGUAGUUGUCUGUUCCUCUUGUCAGAACACUGACACCUGCAUUCAGCAAGGUCAGCGCAUCUGUGCUUUCCAAGCAAUUCUCAAGUAUACUGUUGAGCUGUAGCUAGCAAAGUGGUCUCUCUCCCCAUCCCUCUCCUCCCCUAUCCCCCUCCUCUCUCCUCUGAAUGACGUUUGAGCUUUGACCUCAAAUUGGAUGAGGAACUCUUCAAUAUCUAGUGCUUCUACGGAGAUUGGAUGCAUGUUUGACUGCUUUCUGUGUACUUCAGAUUGAGCUACAUUUUUGUGCCCAUGAUUUUUGUAUUUUAUUUUGGUUAAUGUAUUUAUACUUUUGAUAAUCUACUUGAUAAUCCUGCGUGCGCUAUGUAAUACACUUUAUAUUGUUUCAAAUUCUGCUCUGUUGAUGUCCAUGCAUGGUAUGCCACUAGCUUGUGCUCAGUCAGAUCCUAAAUAUAGUCAGCCAAUAUGCACCACUUUAAUUCACUUCCAGUGCUGUAAGGAUGGGACCAUAGAAAGAGGCGGGACAUCUAUGAAAACUGAUUUAUAAUUCUAUAUGCAAUAUGUUUUUGUUAUGUAACUGUGUAUCUCAGUUUACUGCUGAGAAAUGAUCAUACUUUACUUACUGUGCUGCUGCAGUGAAAGUGUACAGUGAUAGUCCUGGAGCUAAAGUUUGGCUUGAGGGUCUCUCUACAUAAGCCACUGUCUGGACUUACAACAAAAAUGUCUCAAGUAAUGAAUGUUAUUUGUUAUACCUUUCUGAAGAAUCAGAAUCAAUAGACCAUUUGUUUUGGUAUUUCCCUCAGGUAGCCUGUUUCUGGUCUCAGGUUCAGGAAUGACUGAAAAUGCAUAGCAUUGAUCUAAACUUGACCCUAGUAAUCGUACUGUUAGGAGAUCUGGAGAUCGGGUCAGUCAAUUACUAAUAUUCUUAGUAAAAGUAUUUAUCUUCAACUCGCAAUCUGUGGGUUCGAUUAGAUUGAAAUUGUACGUUAAACAUCACAGCACAGUUGAAAGGUAUGUGUUGCAUAGAAAUCUGAAGAAGGUGGCCAGCAGAGAUAGGUGGGAUGGGCUGAGGGUUGGGAUGUGGAAUUGGAGACAAGUGGGAGUGGAGUUGCUGUGCGAGAAAUAGAAUGAUGCUAAAAGUAAAAAAUAAAUUCCAAAUAAAACAUAAUAAAAAGUACGUUUGAAUGACACUGAGGGGCAGUGUUUUUACAACUAAUGCCGGUUUGCCUGAGGCUAAUGCCUUUGUACACAUGAAUAUACACACACUCUCAUUCAAAUAAACGCAUACAAGAACUCACACAUAUAUGUAAUAGUGCCAGACAUGCACACAAACAUAUACAGUUGGCAUUGCUGUUAUGAAUUUGAUUUCCUUCGUUUUUUAAAAUUUUUUAUGUUUUUUUUGCAUUGUUGUUUUCUGUUUUCUUCUGUCUUCCUUUUUUUCUCUGUAGAUCAUUCUCUUGGUUGUUGGUGCAUUGGCGGGUUCUUGGGGGUGGGGGGGAAUUAUUUUUAUUCUUGAGGGGGACUGUGGGAUGGUCUAGAAUGGUUGAGGGACAGCUAUUGGGGAACUGUGGGGGGGAUCUUGGAGGGUUCAGGUUCAUGUUUUUUGGCCUGGUGGGAGAUGUCAACGUGUCCUUGAGCAGGGCAUUGACCCUGGAUGCGUCUGUGUGUCGCUCUGAAUUGGAGUCUGUUGGAUGACUGGUAUGGUGUAGUUUUUGAGCAGCUUCACUGCAAGUAUAUUGUAUGUUUCGGAUAUUCAAUAAAAAAAAUAAAAAAAUUAAACCUGUCUUAUUGGACAAGAUCAGGUCUUACCUCCCCGUUCAAAACUGCAGUGAAAGUGUACCACAAACACACACACACACACCUUUAACCCAGUGUCCUUUAGUGAUAGUCCUGGAGCUAAAGUUUGGCUUGAGGGUCUCUCUACAUAAGCCACUGUCUGGACUUACAACAAAAAUGCCUCAAGUAAUGAAUGUUAUUUGUUAUACCUUUCUGAAGAAGUUUAGACAUUGUUACUCUCUGUAAGCAGUGUCUCACCGAACAACAAACUGUCACUGUGUGCCUUUCACAAGAACAAACAUGGCAUUUUCGUAUGGAACAACCCGUACCAUAGAACAUACUAUUCAGCACAAUACAUGUAUCUUGCUUUUCAUUUCAUGGACUGUUUCAUGGCCAUUUUCUCACUUUGUCAAAUAAAUCAUGCGGAUAUUGUCCAUCGCCAUCA